GGGAGCGCAUAAAGAUUGGCGGGUGGAUGAUCAUAGUAGGCGAUGAAGGUGGUUCUCUGAGCGUGAUACAGUCAAAUGCUUGAUAAUGCGGAUCGGCCUUGUACAGAAGAAACAUUUUCUGAAGUGAUUUCGUGUCAAUUUUAACCUUUAAUUGACUUAACUGGCGGUCUGAACGACGGUUAUAGAAUCUUUUACAUUUGCGUCUCUUCUCGCGCACCCUCGUUUCGAGCUUUUGAAAGGUUCACUCACUCUCUGCCGACAUGUAUCGCUUGCAGUUACUGGCAGCUCGGUCAUUAAUCGCCGGAGCUCUCGAUCAGUGUACCCCCUUAACACUGACAUCUCUUACCGGGGUGAGACACAAAUCUCAAGGUCCGUCCGUGGAGAAGUACGGUCAGAUGCGCUUCAGCACCGCAGAGGCUAAAGUGGCUGCUGGGCGUCUGGACGGAAAGAUGCGGGAGAAGACACUGACCAUGGACACACUGAACCCGCAUGUGAAGGCUGUGGAGUACGCCGUGAGAGGACCCAUCGUCAUCAAAGCUGGAGAGAUUGAGAGAUGCUUGGAGGAGGGUGGUACAAAACCCUUCUCUGAGGUCAUCAAAGCCAACAUCGGUGAUGCACAUGCCAUGGGACAGCAACCAAUCACCUUCCUCAGACAGGUGGUGGCUCUCUGCACAUUCCCUGAGCUGAUGGACAGCCCCAGUUUCCCAGAGGAUGCGAAAUGGAGAGCACGACAUAUCCUGCAGGGCUGCGGGGGACACAGUCUCGGGUCAUAUAGUGCAAGCCAGGGUGUAGAGUACAUCCGCAAACACAUUGCCACAUACAUAGAGCAGAGAGAUGAAGGAGUUCCUUCAAACUGGGAAAACAUUUUCCUCACCUCUGGAGCUAGUGAUGGCAUUAUGACUAUUCUGCGGUUGCUGGUGUCUGGGAAAGACUCUUCUCGGACCGGUGUAAUGAUCCCCAUUCCUCAGUAUCCGCUUUACUCCGCUGCAAUCUCAGAGAUGGAUGCAGUACAGGUCAACUACUACUUGGAUGAGGAUAACUGCUGGGCCCUGGACAUCAAUGAACUUUACAGAUCCUAUCAGGCUGCCAAACAGCACUGCCAGCCCAGAGUCAUUUGCAUCAUUAACCCUGGCAAUCCUACGGGUCAGGUCCAGAGUAAAAAAUGCAUUGAAGAAGUCUUGCACUUUGCUUAUGAGGAGAAUCUCUUUGUUAUGUCAGAUGAGGUGUAUCAGGAAAAUGUGUAUGCUCCUGACUGUCAGUUCCACUCCUUCAAGAAGGUGCUAUAUGAGAUGGGUCCUGAGUACUUCAACAAUGUGGAGCUUGCCUCCUUCCAUUCCACUUCCAAAGGCUACACAGGAGAGUGUGGCUUCAGGGGUGGAUAUAUGGAGGUGAUCAACAUGGAUCCUGAGGUCAAGGCCCAGCUGGUGAAGCUUUUAUCAGUUCGACUGUGCCCCCCCCUGGCUGGCCAGGCUGCAAUGGAUGUCAUCGUCAAUCCUCCACAACCAGACGAGCCCUCGUUCAGACAGUUCUACCAGGAGAAAUCGUCAGUGCUGGGUGCUUUAGCAGAAAAAGCUAAGCUAACUGAGCAGAUCCUGAAUUCAGUUCCAGGAAUCAAGUGUAAUCCCGUCCAGGGGGCCAUGUACGCCUUCCCUCGCAUCUUUAUCCCUCCUAAGGCAGUGGAGGAAGCCAAGGCUCUAGGAAUGCAGCCUGACAUGCUGUACUGCCUGAGGUUGCUGGAGGAGAUGGGGAUCUGUGUUGUUCCUGGUAGUGGCUUUGGGCAGAAAGAUGGAACUUAUCAUUUCAGAAUGACAAUCUUGCCAUCCAGAGAGAAGCUAAAGGUACUUCUUGGCAAAGUGCGAGAUUUCCACAUCAGUUUCCUGAAAGAGUAUUCUACUGUGGAGUAGCUACAGACAUGAGAUGUGUCCUGAUUAGGAAAACAUAAACUGGCGAGCUCCAGCACUACUUAACACACUAACUACACGUUUAAACUGUAAAGGUAGUGUUAAGUAAUUUAAUGAAGUUUUACAAAAAAUUCAGCCUUGUUUACCAAUACAAAAAUGGUUUCCAGAUGAGUUUUGGGGAACUAUUAGCAGUUUAGUCAGACAUGUAACACUGUUUGAAUGUUUUCACAGUCCAUGAGACAAGAUCGGAUACAGCAACAUUAUCAAUCAUUUUUCCCUCUGUUAAUUUGCUUUUAAUUAAUCAAUUCUGCAGCAGGGUGUGUGGUUAAUAUACCCCCUAUCAUGCAUGAGUUUGAGAUCCAAUUACAAAUCUUAUUUAUUAACAACUUUCCAAACCAGCAACUGAAUUGUUCAGUUGAAAUUCUUUUGUAGCGCCUUAUUUGAACUACUCAAAACUAUUUUGCCUGAUGAAAAUUAAGCCAUUUCGCUUUGGUUUGGGGGAAAGGGUGGAUUGUGAUGUGACAACACUGAAGGUACAUUAUUCACGAUAUGGUUCUGGAAAGUUUACAAGGAGGGACUCUUGAUGUUUGUGUUGUCCUCAUCCUUAGUUGCACUCAUUGCCAUGCAAUGUACAUAAACUUUUUUUUUUUUAACAACAUUACAAGCUUGGUCACAAGUUAAGCUUCUGUGGAGGAUUGUGACUAAGCUGAAAACAUGGACUGAUGGGAGCAUGUGUGGAUAAAGUGCUGGCUUGUAAUUGUUUACUGAUGUAUUUUAUUUCCUCUUUUUGCAUUGCAAGUUAUUUUAAACUAUUAAACAAAAUCCUGUACCAUGAUGCUGUUCAUCAAAUUUCUCAACUCAGACUUUGAUCAUGAGUUCAUGAAUAACUACAUAGCAUGUACGCAUGAAAUUGCGACAUCGGUAGCGAACAGCCAAUCGCAUGCCUUGAAACGGUGAGACUGCAAUUCACUUCUCCUGAGAGAAGUGAAUAACACUGACUCUCUUCUGCUGAAUAUUGAGAUUAUGAAACGUGAAGAAUUUAAACAGUUGUCCUCAAACGGGGAAACUAAAAUAAAACUUCUGUUUAUAUCAGUGCAUGUGAAACAAGUUUAAAAUCUUUAAUAUGGAGCAAGAGAAACUGGGUGAGUGACUUUGUUGCGUUAGAGAUGUCACUGCUCACAGCUGAUUGGUCCAGUUUUCAGUUUGAGGUCUCUUAUGCAGAACAAAACCUGCUGUUGAGUGCAAGUUACUAUGGUGAUGAACACCGGAAAAAGCUAACCUACUUACAUGCUACAUUAAACCCACAAACAGUUGGCACUAACUAAUCUUAAACUUACUUCACAAGACAGGUGAAUCUGCUUCAUGGUACAGGCCUCAGGUCAUUCAGAUAGUUUGUUGUAUUAUCUAAGAUCAGCCAUUAGGAGAUAUUUGUGCCAAAUCUAUUAGUUGAAAUUCUCUCUCUCUGACAUCUCAUCUAUCAUAUCAAAGCCAUUAACACUGAAUGAAUAUUGUUAAUGCACUCUUGCAUUUCUUUGAACUUAUCACUUCAUGUGAGGUGCCUUUACUCAUGCCUGUAAACUUUUAAUGAAAUGAGUUUCCCUACAUGCAUUAAUAGCUUGUAAUAUUGAAUUUUUAAAAUGGCUUGUUUGUUUCUUAUGUAUUUUUUGUUUACAUAUUUUUGGAAAUUGGCCCAACGUUAAUAUUGUACAUAGUAUUUUCAACUGAAUAUUAAAGUUACGGAGACUGUUAA